AUGAAAUAUGGAAGUAAAUAUUGCAUGUAGUGUUAUUACAACUAGUGGCAAAACUAAUGGGUUGUAAUAUCCCCCCCCUCCCUCCCUCGGAAUUUUUUUUACCUUGACAACAUAAAACGUAUGUCGUGUAACAAUAUGGCGUUGGUUUUUGAUUUUUUACAGGCAGAUCGCACUCCAGAGGGUAUACGAUGUUCCGUGAAGGGGCGCCGGCGUCCGAAGGCGUCAGAAUGUUCGCCAAGACCGGCCGCAGCGACAAGUUAGACGACGGCGGAGGGGGCGAAGAAACGGUACUGGAUACUUUCGUGGCGCCGAGCGUGGCGACCGGAGCUGCCAGGACCCAAGCUCAGUUCUUUGUUGACGGCAACCAUUCCAGGGUGAGUGGCGACGACUGCAAAAACAUAAUUACAAAUAGGCAAAAAUGUACAUUGCAAUAAUGGCAUGUACUCGUAUUAUUGGGAAAAUUAAAUAAGGGGGUCUAUAAGUGUACAGAGGUAUACUUAUAUAAAAAAAAAGAUGGUCAUAAAGAUCGUCAUUUUUUACGUUUCGUUACUCGCUAUAUAUAUUAUUACUUUGGUCUGUACAGUUAUUCUUCUAUACAUAAUUUAUAAUUACAAUUUCCAAAUUUACAUGUAGUAAAUCUCCUCAUUAUUCCUCUUCACUUUUAUUCCUACCGGUCGCGUGUUUACGAGUCAAAAGAUAUUAAUAAAAACAUUAUGAGAGGACGUUACAAGUAUUUACAAUUAUUUUUUGCUGAAUUUUAUAAAAAAAUAUAAAAUAUAAAAAUACAACAAAAAAAAAAAGCAAAGCUAAUACUGGGCACGGGUGCGCCACUGUUGUUGGUAGGAAGAUAAGAAGGUAGGAAAUUGUUUAAAUUGAAUCUGUAAAAAACAAUAAACCAUUCCUAAUGAAAAUAGAUUCGGAGCGAAUUUCGGUUAAACAUGUUUUGAAUGGCCGUAAUAUUUACGAUUUUCGUCAAAAUUUGGUAUUAAAACUCAUAUACAUAUAAAAAAAAUUAAAAUACUGCAACACACUCAAAUUUUUAUUUUUGACUAUUAUGUACAUACAACUUAUAAUGAACCUCUUGUUUACAUUUUAACCAAUUCUGUUUGGUCAAACUAUUUUAUCCACAAAGUACCUGCAAAUAAAAAUUACAUAGAAAACUUGUGAAAUUAAAAUGUUUAUAAAGUGGCUCAAAUGUUUUGAAAAUUUUACCGUAUCUAGAAAAAGCAAAUAUAAGUUUUUCGACGACAAUAUUUCAAGUCUUUACGAAUAUUUUUAACUGAAUCACAACAAAAAAACAAAACCAGAAAUAAUAACAACAUUAUUUUCGUAAACUUUCGUGUUCUUUCCACAUAUAUUUUCGGCUUUGCUCUAUCAUUAAUAAAAACUACAGGAAAACCACUAUCUCAUUCAUCGACUAGAUAAAAAAGGAACAAACUGUAUCUUUUCUCAUUUUCUUAUUAGAACAAUAUUUCUGUUAGAAAACAUAGUUCGCAAAAAUUAAACGCAAUGAAAUCAGUAUCGCCACGACGCACCGUAAAUAUUUUCCGUUUUACCCAUAAUUUUGUUUCCGAUUUAGUUUGCGAAUCCCUUGAAAAAUCAAAAAAUGACCUCCUCAAUGUACCAACUAGACUAGACAUAAUUUUCUUUCGGAAAAGGUGCUACAAUUGAAAUUCGGAACAAGAUUUUUAGCAGAAAAAUUUCACAGACGCAUACUCGCGUACAGAAAGCGCAUCAUAUUAAAAUAUACAUUCUUUGCUGCGCUUGGAAUCUAAAAAUAAGUGGAAAAUGCUAAAAUUUCUGCGUGUCAAUUUUAAUUUAAUAUAUAUUUUAAUACGGAACCGUGCGAAUCUACGUUAUUAACCUACGCAGGUACUUGGGCGGAUUUUUUUUCUCGCGUAUUUAAAUUUUUAUUUUUUUGUACGAGAAAAAAGAUUUACGGGAAAUAUGAAAUUCCAAUUAUUUUUCAUAAAAAAAAAAAAAAAACUGCCAAGUUUCUGGUUUCUUACACCAAAUAUAUUAUACAAAUUAUAAUAAUAAUAAUUUGUUGUGAAAAAAAUUAUAACUGUUUUUUUUCUCAUAAAACUUGAUUGUUACGUGAGUGGGAGAAUAAAACUUUUAUUGCUUGAUGGAAAAAAAAAGUUAAAAAUAUUAUAUAAACACAAAGAUAAGUAAAUAAAGCAACGCUGCAGUGAAGAUAUAAUAAGACAAUACAAAUCGAUAAAAUGGGUAAACAGGAAAUGAUUACAUACUAAUAAAAAAUUAUCCAGGGCGAAUUAUUAUCGAGGUCAAAUAUUUUACUACAGAACGUAAACGUGAAAUAUGCAUCAACUGUUUAUGGAUUUGACGCAAAUUUACAUUAACGCAGUUAAAAAUUUAAACAUUAAAAUAAUUAAUUUUUAACAGCUAUGGUACUCAAAAGUAUGAAAAAAUGAAUUCAAUAUUGAAAACUAUUUUAGAUGCUCUAGAGCAGCGGGGAAUUUAUUGGUUUCGCAAUGACUCGUACUUAUUUUUCUUUCUGUAUUUUAAAUAAAUUUCAACCAUAAAUGACGCUCCAGUUUUCAUACAUAUUUUCUGAAUGCGAAUUUUGUCUGUUUGAUGCAUUGAGACGGUCAUUUUUUGAAAUUUCUUGUAGUUCCCUUCAUAACUGGGGAAAACUAGUCAAUUUACGGCAAUAACGAUACGAGUAAAUAUUUCAAUUAUCCGUUUGCGCAGUGUAAGUGUGUCAUAAAAAUAUGUCAAUAAUUUAAAUAUAGAUAUCAGUUUGAAAUCACUCGAAAAAACCGGACUUAAAAGUAACAUGAUACCUCGUCAAAGUCGAAUUGAUUGAAAUUUAAAAUGUUAACGUCCAAAUUUAAUUUAACUAAGUACUUGGUUAAAUGUUGAACUAAAGCUUCAAUGAUUUUUGGAAUUUUCACUGUAUAGGUGCGAUUUGAAAAUAAAAUAGUUUGUGUGGCUAAACUUAAGGGUAAAAAAAAAAUAUAUUAAUAAUAUAAACGAUGUAAGAUUUUAGAAUCGCGUGUAUUUCGUUUUUCAAAAAAUAAAAAAAUAUCAAAUAACUAAUAAAAUUAAAGGAAUUUAUGAUUGUGUUAGGUGACAUAUUAGUCGAUUUAGAUUUAAAAAGGACAGACAUACUUUGCACGUGGAUGCAGCCAUUGUUGUAGGUGAGAAGUUGGGAAGGUAGGAUAUAGACGGGAAUUUGAUGUAUAUCUAUAAGCAACGAUAAACCAUUGCUAACGAAAAAACGAUUCUGAGUGGAGUUCAGUAGAUAGCGUUGCUUUGUCAACAAAACAAUAUAUGGUGUAUAUCAUACUAUGGGAAAAUGAUUACAACAAUGUGCGUUUCCGUAACGACAAUGAUUGUUUAAAAAAAAUUAAAAUAAUAAAAACUUCACAAUAACAAUAAAUAAAUAAAAACGAUUGCCAAUGACAAACUUAUUUUUAAUCUUUCAAUUAUUUUAACCUAGUGACCGAAGUUUUUCUCAUUAUCUCGAAUUUCAAAAAAAAUACCUCUGUAAAGUAUCACCCAGAAAAAAUUUAAUUUCAGAAAAGGCGCUAUACUUGAUAAUAAUAAUGAAAAUUUAAAAAAAAAAAAAACAUUCAAAUAUUCUAUUCUACAUUAUCCUACUAAAGAACCCAAACAACCGCAACGCGUUUUCGAAAUUGAAAUCCGUCAAAAUCAAUUUCCAUACAAUACAUAGUUUUGUGUGGCUUUUUGAUUUAAAACGUAAAAAAUAGCCUUACUCCUUCCCGUUAAAUGGGUUUUGGGUAUUAGAUGGAUCCAGUACAAUAUUCUUAUCGUAAGAGUGGCCGUUUAAAUGUAGACAUUUUUUUUUUUUUUUUAAUUUUACAAAAUUAGAGAAUAUUUUUAAAACCAUCGCCAAUUUCCUUAAAAUUAAAAGCGUCCAAUCGCCCGUGUAAUGUCUACAGUAAAGGUAUACAAUAGAAAAAAAUGGCGCUACGAUUUACUCAUUUUUUUUAAAUACAAACAAUGAAACUAACUUUUUUAUUUUCAUUCCUAACUACAAUUACUAUCAAAAGUAUUAACAUUGCGUUAUUAUAAUAUUUUUAUUUAUUAAAUUCGUAAAUAUUAUUAUAUGCGUUUUAGUUUUACUCUUGUUAUAUACACAGUGCCGCGGGUGUAGUUUUGUUAUUUCGAUUUACGGUUUGAAAUUCUCGUCACGGAUAAAGUUUAAAACAAAUACAUAUACGCCUGUAUAUACAUACAUAGGUUAGGUUAAUACUUUUGAAAUACUUUUUGGCGAUAUGCGCGCGGAAUACAAAAUACGUAUUUCGUUUUAAAAAUAUAAUAACGCAAAUGUUGUCGGUAAUUAUUUUUACACUAUAGGUAUUGGAUAUUGUGCACGCCACCGUCCGAUUUCGUUAGUUUUACGACGUGUUGCGAAAAUCGCAAAUGUAUUAAAAAGAAAAGAAACAACAUAAAUAUUGUUUAUACGACGAAAUUAUGCGACGGUAUUAGAAACCAUAUAAUUGCAGGUAUUGGAUUCGACAGAAACAAUUUCAGAUAUUUUCCGUAUCGUUGCACGUGUACUUAUCAAACGUAAAAAAAAAAAAAAAACAAUAAUUCGUUUCACGAAUCAAUAAAACGAUAGUGUAACUUCCUAUAUAUAACGGUGGCAUAUACAGGGGAGGUUUCCGGGGGUACAACCUCCCCCCUCCCGGUUCGAAAUUUAUAAUUGGUACGGCACACGUGCGUAUUUAUGAAUUUCUUUAGUCAACAGCGUCAUCAGAAAGAUCCAAUUCGACAUUAAAAAGAUUUGGAAAUAGUAUACAAGCGAAAAUCGACUAACAGGAUUAGCCCUCAUGUCGAUUCAUCGAAGUAUUUCAACAGACACUGAAGAAAUGAUUAGUAAUUUUGCAAGUGUCCCUCAAAAAUUAAAUUUUGUCACAAUUUUAAUUAAAUUAAUUCUUUUUUUAUAACCAUUCCCCUCACCCUAAACAAAAAAUAAAAUUUCUAUGUAUACACGCCACUGAUAUGUAGUUUACCGAACUAUCAGGCUUUUACAUCUAGACUAUAUACAUUUUUAAUCUAUGGAUACAACUUCAUUAGAAAAAUGAAAACAGAAAAUUUCAGGCGGUACAGAAUUAAACGUUGUGUUACCGGCUACUAUAAUGAUAUUGUGCUCGUAUAAACCUGUUCUGUGUACCGUUACAUUAGGUACAUAUUAUUACAGCCGUUCGGUAAAUAUGAUUAUUGUAAAACGCGAAAUAUUCGGUAAAAUGACGAUUUAUAGCCAUACGUAAAUAAAAAUAUUUCUUGAAUUUUUCGAGUUGGUGUUCGAGGUAUUAUAUUAUAUGAUACAAAAAAUCAAAAUCUAUGUAUUGUUUUAACUAAACUGUUCGGAUUUGCGAUUUGAGCGACAUCGUCAUAUUGUGUGUCGAACUAUUCCGUUAUUUUUGGGACCGUAUAAAAAAAAUGUGUCGAGAAGUUUUUUUUGUUGCAAGUUCAAUACUAAGAAAAUAACGAAAAACAAACACAAUGACAGCGAUAUAAAUGCGAACUAGAAAUAACCGUAGCGAAAAUACAAACUUAUUCGAACCAUAAACGUAUUGUAGACGUGUAGGUGUCUAUAGAUACAUUUAAAUAGAACAAAAUAUAUAUUUAUCAACCCAACCACUCUAAUCACCCAGACAAUUUAGAAAACAUGCUGUUCGUUUGUUCAUUCAUCCAGACGAGUACCGAUAAGAGUACUGUACAUUAACCGUGUAAACGGCAAUGCGUAUAAAAAUGUAUAAUUCAUUUUUUUUUUUUUUUUUCUACAAUGACCUAUACGUUUCCGAAUUUGAACGGAUCGGUGCAUUAUACCGAUACAUAAUAUAUACGAGUAUAUACGCCGCCGUGUAGUUAUUUUUGAUGUUGUUACCAGGGUUCGGGAUUUAUAGCAUUUAUAACCAUCAGAAUAAGCGCUGAAAAACGCACUAAACACUUCGUUAUAAGCACUAACAUUAGCCAUUGAAAAUAUUUUUAAAAAAUUAUCUUAAAAAAAAAUCCAACAAAUAUCACUUUUUUUCAAUUCGGUUUGACUAAAACGGUAUAGUCAAUUCCCAUUUGGAAUGCGCAUCGGAAAUAACUACGAGAGUACAAAAUGUAUGCAAACAUUGUAAACGGAUCACACUACAACAACCGAAUCAGAAUUGCGAUAAGGUGUAGUAAUAAAUGUUAUCAGUUAUUGAAGAAUUGAUGUUGUAGUAAUAUUCAUUAUUUUCAUUAUGUUAUGACAUUAUAAAUUCGAAUGAUGAAGGUAAAUCGGUUUAAACUGUGCACGUAAAUUAGUUUGUGUGACAGUGCAUUAUACUAAUACGGUUUUAGACGUGCACGGCGUAUACUUGUACCCUAAUGCAAAUUGAUUCAAUACGAAUCAAGUUAAUUCGGUUUAAUGGAUGCAUUUAAACAAGGUAUACAUUAUUAUAGCGUAAUAUUAUUACGCGUGUUGCAGCGUAUUUACGAUACGAUUUCGGCGUCACCGAGUUUUGAGCGUUGUCGCGCGACACCAGUGAGAUUUCGUUAACUGCACGUACAAAAUAAUACUCCCCAAUAGGAUUGUGAUCAAUAAUUAUGUUAUGGUAUUAUUAUUAUACGUACGCGUUGUGAUUAUAACGGACAAAGUAUGUAUGCGAAUACGUUUAUUGCAUUAGUACUCUUACCGUUUUUAUACCGUUUAAAUAAUUAUUAUACAUUUUUAACGCGGUUUCAACACUACGUGCGUUUUCUAUUUACGAAUCGCGAAAAAUAUGCGCCUUUUUUUUCUCUCUCUCUAAAAUUAACGAAUUAUCAAAACUGUAAUAUUCUCGGGUUUUAAACCCGUUAUUGUGGUACCGAAUGGAUUUCUAGCUCGUUGGGGACUCGACAUAGCGUGCAUCCUAUAAAUCGCCGCCGCUUUAGGGCACAGGCUAUAGCCGUCGAAUAUUAUUUAUUAACGUAAUUACAAUAUUGUAUAAUGGUUUAUAAUUAUUUACGUUAUGGGUUAUAUUAUUAUUUGCUACUGUCAGUAUUGAACGAACACAAAUUAAAAAAUAUAAAAACGUGUCUCACCGCGCGUUUUCCCCCGUGAUUCCCCGUUUCCACUCGGUACUUAACAAAGUUAAUUGUUGUUACUCGGUAAUUCAUAUUUCCAAAAGAGUUCUUCUUUAUUGUCUGUGACCCCAAAAUCAAUUAUUAAUAACUGUUUUUUUUUUCAUCCGUGUCACCGAAGUAAAACCUAUAAAUAAACAAAAAUGAUUCGAUUUUCUUUUCAAAAGCACCGAAAACCCUGUUACAGCCACCCUUCUGGUACUAAAUUACGGAAUAAAAAAGUCUCCUAUGAGUCAAUCCAGAACACAUUCUAUCCGUGUGUGCCAAAUUUCAUUGAAAACUGUUCCGCCGUUUCGGCGUGAUUGAGUUCACAAACAACCAAACAAACAUUCACAUACGUAAUAUUAAUAGCUGUCCCGUCCGGUAUUGUCUGUACCAGAAAAUAAUUAUUUAUCAAUUUUAUCACCAAUGUGACCAACAAAUCAACAAAAAUAAUUCGAUUUUCGUCCUGAAAAUACUUAUAACUUUGUAUCACCCCCCCUUCUUCCGUUAAGGUAUUCAAUACGGAGGAAAAAAGUAGCCUAUAUUUCAUUCCUGGUCUAGAACUAUAUUUACGCAAUGUUACGGCUCAUUUCGUUUUUGUAGCCCGGGCGUGAAGUUGUAGCAUAAAUCCGUCCACACAAACUUUCGCAUUCAUAUACAAUAGACAUAUUACUAAAUUAUAAUUACAAUAUUAAUCUUGGUUUCCAGUUUACACCCUCACUUUGUCCGAGUUGUACAUCUUAUCGAUGUGCUAUAUUGCGCUUAGAAUUCUGGGGUCUGUCUAGCUAAUUUUCCAUGAAUUUAAAUUUCGGUCCUACCUCAAAACUCUGUUUUCCUCGAUAUUUCGUCCGCCGUUGCUUGGACACGGCUCCAUCGUCUAUAACCCGUUCGCUAGCAAUGAUUAUAGAAUGACUGAAAGAGUUCAGCGUACUAGAUUCGCCCUCCCUGUCGAAUUAUCAACAAACUGAUGGUCCAAUCUUCUUGUAUUGGUUUCAUUGCCUAUGAAAUUGAUUCUAGUAAACAACUUUCCUUUAUUAACUUUAGAGUUCCGUCCUGUCUUAUUUUCCUUUUUUCAUUCUCAUCACGUCCACUAAAUUCUAACGUAAUUUUACAUAACAUUGUAUAGUGUGACUGGCAAAUGAGACCUCUACUGUUUUAUUUAACUUUAUAUUAUAUUCUUAGUUUAAUUUUAGUUAUUUUUAUUGCCAUUGUAUUUGUUAUAGUUUUUAGGUUUUGGUCUAUAAAAUACACAAUAUUUUACAAAUUUAUUGUUAUAUCUAUACUAUAUUAUUACGAAACUACUCGUAACUAUAAGCCAUGUUAUAAUAUUAUGCAUAUUUCGUUAAUGUAGAGUAUUCAUUAUUAUUAUAAUAUGUACAUUAACACCAUUGUGAACUAAAAUAAUUUAAUAAGGAUAGAUACUUUUCUAAAUUUAUCGCAAAACGCUCUUAUUCUGGAAAAUGUCCGGUGUGCGGAAACUUUUAGGUACGGUCCACAUUUAUUGAAAAUUAUUCCAAAUUACAAAUAUUCAAUGUAUAUUACAUACCACAAAAAGAAAAUCCGCUCUACCGAAAAUUGAGACGAAUGGAAAAAGUACGUUUUACUUUAAAGCUUCUCAAUGUCAACAUAGUUAUGAAGUGUACAUUUAUACUGUAGGAAUAACUUGUGAACGUCACUAAAACUUGUAAUAGGCUGAUGAGAAAAAAUAAAAGUCAUUCGAAAAUGAACUUCAAUUGGCCCCGACUUGGGUCCUCUAAAUGUCAUAGGCCCGUGGCUCAUUGCCCGUCAUGCCACCGCUACGCCACUGAAUAUUCCGGUUUACGAAAUCACCUCACCGGUUUCAGUUGACUGUGCCCCGAAUCGGUCAGCCCACGGGAGAACACUGCCCGGCCGCCGGGUAAAGAAUAUUAGGUAUGAACAAAUAUCGUUACGCAUUAUCAAAAUAAUUCAAGGCCUACGCGAUAUUAAAUUUCAUUUUAACAUUUAUUAAACCAAUUUUUAGGUAAAAAACAAAAUAAUAAUAUGAAAAAAAAAAAAAAAAAACGUUCAGUUUAUUUCUCUUGGUUUUAAAAUUACACGUUAUUUAGAAAUUCAUAAACUUAAACCGCGAAUAAAGGAAAACAUAAUAUAAACUUAAGUUGUCAUGUUACCUGUAUGGUUAUGCAAAAUAUUUUCCACAGGUUCUACCGCCGGUAUGCGCAGUAUAAUACCGUGGCAUAAUAAACAUAAUAUUAUUAUAUUUUAUCCUAUGUAUUCUCAACGGAUUGUUAUUAUUCCGAAAUAACAAAUUGCAAAUUUAAUAUAAUAAUAUUUUUAAUAUGAAAUGGGAAUUCCGUCUGACCUUAAGUCUUAUGAUCCCAGGGAAAAUCCUUAGUGACUUUUAAACAUGGAGUAACAAAUCGACGUAAGCAUAAUAUACGGUUUUAUACCACACAGCACAUAUUAUGCAUAGUUUUAUUAAAUACACGCGUAGGACAAACCCAAACACAGCUAGGCGAGACUUUUCCGUUCUACUUCUUCGUAGACUCGACCGUCAGAACCAUACAGGUGAAUAUAUUUCCGUGUCUUCGCAAAAAUUUCCCCAUUUCCUCCAAUCGUUCCGCUUCCUUUUUGAACUAUUUGUGAACAUUUUAAUUUCGCGCGUUUUUUUCGUAAAUUUUAAUUCGCCAAGUACCCUGAGGAUAAAAUCGUUUGACCAAACAAAAUUAGUUGAAAAUUUUACAGUAAGUUCAUUAUACGUUUUUUUUUUUUUUUUUUUUUGCGGUCAAAAAUAAAAAGUCGAGUGUAUUAUUGUUGUAUUUUUUUUUCUCGCGAGGUUUAAUAUCAAAUUUUGACGAAAAUAGUAAAUAUUACGACCAUUCUAAACAUGUAUAACCGAAAUUAACUUCGAAUCGUUUUUGGUUAGCAAUGGUUACUUACAGUUACACAAGAAAUAAUUGUACGUAUUCACCUUCCCAACUUACCACCUACAACAGUGACACACCCAUUCCCAGUAUCAGUUUUUUUUUUGUUUUUUUUUAUCCGAUAUUACCAAUCGCGGAAAUAUCAUAGUAGUAUUUUUUUCUUUUGGAGUACCUACUUUCGUAUGUAUAUGUGUACUCGAGCGCAGUGUUAUACAGCGUCCAAAACACAACACAUCGCAUUGAGGUAAAUUUGUAUUUUCAGGUAUUUUUUGCAGUUGUGAUCUUUAAUUUGAAUAACUUGCUCUUUCCAUCACGGUAAUAUCUAUACCCAUAUUUAUAUAUAUUUCAAGCUAUUAUCUUUUAUUUUAUCACCGCUUGCACUUAAUUUACAUACAAAAAAUGAUAAAUAUAUUACGUACGUUAAAUAUAUGUUUCACAAGUGAGGCCAGAUACACUUGAAUAAUUCCUUUACCUUUUUCAACUAAUAGGGGUCAAACUUUAGGUUAAUAUAUACGAUAUAAUAUUAUACUAUCUGGUUUCAUCCUUGUUCUGUCUUGCCAUAAUCAUAUACCUACAUUUUUUUUUUUUGUUCAGAUUUAAUCGUCUCCGGGCUAAAACAUUUUGCCCUUUAUAUACAAUGGCAUAACCCGGGAGCCACGCGAGUGUCAUUUCCUCAUUCGUUUACCCAUUAACCGUAUUUUUUGAUCUUUGUAUUAUAACGUUUUCGUGUUUAUGCUAUUUCGUGUUACUUUAUAGUGUGCGUGGUUUAUUUUCAUAUUUUAUUUCUUAAGUAAGUAACAUAUUUGCGAUUAUAAUUAACGUUACCAGUGAAACAUUUUUUUUUUUUUUUUUUAAUUCUGAGACAUUGAGACAUCCUGGCUGGGCUACUAUGUGUAUCAGUUUCUUGCAAGACCGUAUUCUCCUAUGUAAAUAAAAUAUGUUUUAUAUAUCUAAUCGUACUUAUGUGUAGAAAAAAAUAAAAUAAAAUAUAGUUUUUCCGGACGAUUAUAAUAUUAAUGUUGAGGUUUGAAUAAUAGUGCGUUACCUUAAUUUUUUUUUUUUCGCUUGACUUUUUCCGUUCUUAUUUAAUAAUAUAUAGACUUCAAACCCGUACUGUGAUGGCAACGGGCCUCACGGAAACACGCCGUGUGUUCCUACUGUUUUUAAUUUGAUUAAUCGUCGAGACUCUGGAAUCACGAGCAAAGGGUCACCCGGACAGAACGUCGGGGGUGGGGGGAGGGGGUAGAGGAAAAAUCGAGAGGGGGAACUGAGAUUGACGGGUAGGAAGGCAGGGGUGGGGAGGAGUCGGUGGACGGAAAGGUUUUAUCGUUAUUACAGCCGAGCUUAAUAAUAAUUGAGAAGAAGCGUCCCGCGCGUCCUCAAACAAACCCCCGCACCGCGGCAGCCAACGAAAAAUAAACGGAAUUUUCGCUAAACUUAAUUAACAAAGUAUAAGGUGACGUAAUUCCUCUUGACGAAUGUGGCACGGCGCCGCCGGUGUCUUUAUAAUCAUUGAAUGCGUACAUAAUAAUAUGGUAUAUUGCGCAUCGACGUAAACGAUACAAACCAAUUCCCAAUCUCCCUGCAGCCAUACUCGGAUUAAGACAUUUACGGAACCCAGGGCCAAACUUUUCGACGAGGUUUCCGUUGAAAGACUGUUAAUUAGUGAACGAAUAUUAUUGUAAACACAAAUUUGUAUUGAAAUGAGAUAUUUUUAAUCUGACGAAAAAUGUGCACGGCUUAUAUCAUUCUAAUUAAAAUAAGCCCGAAAAGAUUUUACAUAUUUUUACACAUUUGGGGAUAAUUACAUAUUUGGUAAAUAAGUAGAUUUUUUAGUAAUUUUUGAUUUUGUCAAUGUUUUUCGACGACGACAGCCAUUAUCUGCAUUGUGUAAAACAACAAGAUUAGACAACGACCAAAAUAUUCUAUGCUAUCUAAAUCUGCAGAAAAAUUUGAAAAAACUCAUGGGCAACUAGAAGAAAUGGUCAAACAAAAAUUUGCCAAUAUAAUUAAGAAAAAAUAAAAAUCUGUAUUCAAAACUAUUAAAAUCAUUAGAGAUAUUUUAAAAGGAAAAAAAUCAACAAGGAUCCCUGGAUAUUUAAUUCACAACAAUAAUUAAUAAUAGUUUACAAUAAAUUAGUAAAAGGCGAGCAAAUUGAUAGGUAGUAAAAAUAUACAAAUAAACAAAUCAAACAAAAAAUAUUGUGUGGUCUAAGAGAUUUAUCGUAUACUACACCUAGAACUAAAAAUCUAGAAGAUUAUACAGUCCGAGUUAAUUAUACGUAUGGUUUUUUGGAUAGAGUGAUUACAAAAAUUUUUUGUUUUACAAGUGCCAAUUUCGAAAAUUUAUUUAUUACGGCGCUCAAUCCUCAGUGUACGAAAAGGUACUCAGUUUAGUAGACGACUAGCAUUUUAUCUUAAACCAAAUUUAUAUUUAUAAAUCUUAUGUCCAGAAUUUUCUUUCUAAAUUUCAGGUUAAAUAAAUUCAGAAAGUCCGGUACCUCCAAUGUGUAAUUAUGAGGAGAGAGCAAUUUUUUAAAAUAUUACCAGCUAAUGAAAGUAAACGGUUUUAAACCUUUUCUAUAUUCUUUAAACGUCUUUCUGAGUAUAAAUGGACUACAAAACAGAUCCGCAUUCUUAGGCUGCGUUACCGUCUACCGUCCUAGGGUCGUGAGCUUGACAAUUUUAAAAACAUUUAAAAAAAUAUUAUACUUGGUGAUGUAUGGAAAAAAACAGGUAUCCUACCACGCAGUUACAAAGAACAGUUGCACAAUUGGCGUGUUCUGGCGUUUAAAUAUACCCACGCGUAUAUUUUACAGCGGAAACCAGCAGCGCUCCGCCGUGCGCGGCGGUUCGGUGAACUAUAAGCCGUAACGAGUUUCAACCUCGUUUUCGCUUAUCGGUGUCUGAACCCGUUCUUUAUAACCGCGGUUUCGCGUGUCGGUGGGUGGGACCACGAUGGAAUCACGAGCCAAUCAUGGGUGGAGCUCUCCCCGAGGACUAGACGUCCGACGAUGGAGGAAUUAUAUUAACCGAGUUGUUCAUCUCUCACGCUUGUCUACCACGUUUAUAAUAUCAUUAUUGUAUAAUCGCUUUCAAACAACAGCGUCUUAGUCGUGGAACCAUAAAAACGGUAUGGGAGGUGUACGGUUUAAAAUUGUUAUAAUUUUUUUUUUUUUUAUUUUAGAUUCCGAGUGUACUGAUAAAACGAUAGUAGGUUUUCAGUCUAACAGCUAUCGACAAUAAGGUGGCGAUCCGUUUAAACGUGUACACUCGUUAUCUCGGAAAUUAUUUUUCGAAAAAUUGUUAUCAUUAACAAUUUACAUAUGAAUAAUGGACUCUAAAAUGUUACGUUGCCAUCGUUUCUGUAACCCUUAUUCUUAAGGGUGAGCCGAUACGAAUCUUUUCCGAUAUCCGAUAAACCUAUUUUUUUUUCGCACGUACAUCCGGUAACCGAUCCGAUAUUUUUUUAAAAAACCACGAGCCGAUAUUCAAAUUAUCUGAUAUCCGAUUUUUACCGAUAUCACACAAAUUAUGUAUUAGAAACACUGUUAGUGCGUAUUUUUGUUAGUAACGUGUUAAACUGGGCACCUUUUUUUUUUUUUCGAAAAAUAUCGGUUAAAAAAUCAAAAAAAACUGAUAACCGAUUUCCGGCAUUGCCGAUAUUCGAUAUCAGCCCGUGCCGAUGUUAUUGUUCUUCUCCCCCUCCACUUAUAAUUCUUCGGAACUAGCCUCGCUCUUCACGACAAACGGACGGCGGCGACGGCGUCUAGACGUUGCGUUCGUUUAAUAUUCGCGAGUGCGUCGUAUUUUUUUUUUCUCUUUCUCUCUCCGCACAACCGGAAAUAUAAUAUCAUGUAUAUAUUUAUUUUUUAUUUUUUUAGACUUUAAUAAGAAUUUUAUAGUCGUUUCCCCGCUCUUCGGCCGAUAAUUUGAUUAUUUAUAUACCCGAGUAUACGGACGGGGAGUGGCGGAUCGGCCGGCUACAGGACGGGCACGGACCGCGGGAGAUGGGACGGUGGUAAACAACCCCUAUACACCUAUAGUAUGGUUUUAGCGCGGAAGUGGUGGCUGUGGGGGGGGAUGGGGAGAGGGCGAGAGGAGAAAAAAAGCAUCGAACAUUUACACCGUUUCUGCAAUUGUUCGAGUGUAAAUUCGCGUUCUAUUUAUUUUCAUCCGAGCCGCCGCCGCUGCAACUCUGCCGAAUACACGGAAUUAAUUUUCCGCCGAUUACCCGACGUUUCGCCCCCGCACCCGGACGGUCCCGGCAUAUAAUUGAAAACCCCUACGUAUGUAUAUAUAUGUAUUUUACGGAAUCGUCCGGGAAAAUCGUAAAAGUUAUACUUACCGCGCCGCCGUUCCGGUAAUAAUAUCUCACGAACGCGCGUAGGUACGCGGGGACGACUGCAGCGUGACGGGCGGCCGUGCCCGCGCGCGCCAUUCGCCGUACACGAUUUACCGCCGGCGCGCGGCCCGAGCAGGAGGCGUACGUCAUGACGUUCGUCCCGCCCGAGCGCACCACGCGAGCCGUAGAUAACGCGCGCCGGAUACGGCGGAGCUACGGUCCGAAAUCUCGGAGUGCACAGCGACCGGGCUCCGGUGUCGUCCGGCGCGCGCGCGAGACGCAAAGCGUUUGCGGUGACGGGCACGCGUGUUUUGUUACGCGACGUCAACGCCGGUCGGUGUCGUCGUACCGUCACCGCUUUCCGCACCGUCCGUUUCGAUGUCGGAUAGUGUGUCCGGCCUGUUAACUAAGCGGAGGGCGAGCGCGUGUUGUCGUUUUACUCGAUAUUCUAAUGUCCGACCCGGGCUCGACGGUCUUCGAAUUCGUAAUUUUUCCGCGUGUUCGCGACUCACUCGAAAUUUGAAACGCCGUGCAAAAACCGACAACGUUCUUACCGUUGGGUUUGACCGUGGACGCCCCCCCCCCUCCCCGCCACAUACACUCUGGUAUCAAAACUAACAGAGCGCAAAAUCGAUUUUUGUAUACACACAACGGCGUUAACCGAUUUCACGACGUUGACCGCAACACGACAAUAAUAAUAUUGUACACCGCGGGGCAAUAACGUAUACAACCGCAAUUGCGUUACCGCUACGCGCGCACGAACGGCCAUUGUGAUUCCCAUACGCCGUGCCGCGCUAUCCGUUUCGUCUCUGGCCCGCGUUGAGCGAUAAACGCAUAGGGGGGGGUGGGGAAGCCGAACGGGUGUGCUUCGGGCGCGUAUCACGAUGUUGCCCUAUAAUCCGGCGUGUUCUAUCUAAGAUACGGGCCGUCACCGGGGGGGUGGGGUCAGGGGAGAAACCGCGAUUUCGAAAAAAUGUAUUUCGAACGCGACGGAUUCCGCGGACAAAAGCCGGCCGCUAAAAGUUUAACUCCGCCGCCACCGCCGGUCGCGAUAACGGUAUCGCGCACCUUUAUGUGCGUAUGCGGCGGGAUGGCGGCGCAUCGGCGAUUGUAACAAAAAAUAAAAACUCAAGAAAUAUUGAACGGAACGAAAAUUUUUUCGUUUGUCGGAUUUCCGGAGGGACACCCUGUAAUACGGGCGACUACUGUUGCGAAAUUGAAAAAAAAAAAACUAAAAAAACAAAUACAACAACACCUACCUGUGUGGCGUAUACGUAUAUAUCGCUACUGUAGGUACUCGAAAACGUUAUAGUUUAUCGUUCACGUAAUGUAGAAAAUACCCGUACAAAUAUUAUUAUAUUAUUUUUGAUAUAGCGCGCGCGAUUAUACGAGUGUUAUAAUUAAGGCUAGUGGAAAAAAAUGCGCUGGAAAAAUAAACGACAUAAAAAAAUGACGUUAAUGUUUAUUUUACCGUUAACAAUAAUAAUUAUAGAAUAAAAUUAGGAAACAUCGUAGCGUGAUAAAAAUGUGAUUAUAGUGACGACCCACAAAUUGAAAAAAAACAACGUUAACCUCAUUAAAAAAAAAAAACACGCACACACUCACAUACACACACAAACACGUGUGCAACAGAGAUCCGUCACUAGAGUCGAAUUCCUCCCCCCCCCUUAUCUUAUUUGGUAGAAAUAUUUUUUGGAAAAUUAAAAAUAUCCGAAUAGGGUUGAGUGAUGGCUCGCCUGUAGUCUAUACCCCUCCUACGGCCACUCAAUUUAUAUAUUUUCAUUCGUUAAUAAUAUAAUUUUGUAAUUUAAUAAUCCAUAUGGUUAUUACUUAUUAUUGUUGUAUUUAUCUACAUUGGUUUAUUUACUGGGUCGUAUAAAUGUUAUUACAAACUUAUAGAUAGCGUAGUAACCUAGAAUCUAGGGGUGUACAAAACUAAAAUAAAAACCGCAACAACAUAUUUAAAUUCGACCCAAUUUGUAUCGCUUCAAUCCGUCUGCAAAACAACUUACCUACGUUACUAAUAUAAAUACUAGCCUACGUUACGUGUGACAUUUUUUUUUUUUUUUUUUUUUUUUUUUUACACCACUCUAAGUAAAACUUAUAAUGAACAUGAAACCAAAUAACGCUAAAAAAGACCUCGAAAAUUGUUAAUUAUCGUUAGUAGUAGCCUAUAGUUAACUUGACUGACAGGCACGUUUGUAAAUAGCUAAUGUUAUUUUAUGGGAAAAUAUCAGCUUUUAACGAUUAUUCUUAAUCUAAUUAUUACAAUAAAACAACAAAAUCGAAAAUAAUGAAACCGUUAUAAUGUCCUUAAACUUUCCUGUUUUUUCUACGUUUCUCCCCCCCCCCUUCCUCCGGUCAGUAGCGCCGAACUCGGGGUACGAGUACACUCAUAUGUACAUGGUUGAUGCGUAGGAUAGAUUAAGUUAGUCUGAGUAGCGUUUUUUAGAAAAUAUAACUAUACAAAAUAGUACUAUGAAUAUUGUGAAAUAUAAUUAUUUAUAUAUUAAAUUAUGUACGGUGCCACAACCUCGGGUUUUUUCGACUAUCAAGAAAACUACUCGAAAAAAUCAAAAAUCGAUUUUUGUACAUAGCUACUAGAUACAAACUCGAAACAGUAUUUCCGAUAGAAAAAAAACAAUUUAAAAAAAUCGCGAAUAAUGAAACUUUUAUUGUCGUAAAUUUGUCCGUUUUUCUUAUACGUUAUUUUCAAAGAAAAACUCCAACGAAAUCCAAAAAUAUGACCUCAAUGUACAGACUGUAGGUACAUAAUAGAUACGAAAAGGUUACAAAAGAGCAGUCUUAUUAUUUUUUCAUCGGAAUUAGAUUCUGGGUAGAAAAUUUGAUUACACACAGAACAAAAAACACACACACAUUAUAGUAAAAACAAUACAUUUUUCACUACGCUCAGAAUUUAAAAAUAAUAAUUAUACUGUACUAUGAUAAAAUAACACGGUUGUUGUUUUUUUUUUUUUCGAGGUAUUUCGAGUUUUAAUAUACUUCAAAAUUGUUGAAAUUCCAUAAUAAUAAAUACAUUUUACACCGUCAUAUAAAUAUAAAUAUAUUAUAUCGUAAUCGUGUACACAAACAAUUCGAAAUUCUGUCGCUUUUUAAAGGUUUUUUUUUAGAAUAUUAUACAUAUAUAAACGUAUAAUAUAUAAUAUUAUCGCGACGGAAAACGAUUCAAACAUUUUAAUUGCAAAAACUUUUUAAAUAUGAAAGUUUUAAAUACUUUCUAAUACCCCGCCAUAAUGCUGUACCUAAGCGUUUAUUUUAUUCGCGGUACUUAAACCGAGCAACAAUAUGAUUUACAAAAAAAAAAAAAAUUGUUUACACGUCAAAUAAUGAACACGCGUUACUUAAAUAUAUAUAAUAUUUAUUUUGGUUUUUUUUUACAUAGGUAUCAUUGGUGUCACGUAUGAUUCCUUCGCCCGAUUGGUUUAUUGGCAUCGAUUCGUUUGAUCUGUGCGUAAACGGCAACUGGCUUGACAGCAUCACCAUUGAGGUUAGUAUACUGUAAUACGUAUGGUUGUUUAACAUCAAUAUACUACAGAGAAACUAAUUUCAAAUAAAACACACUAGGCUCUCCUUGGUUUCCAAGAAAAACACACCCACGUCACAAAUGCAAUGUCUGUAUGGUAGUAUUCGUGCGAGUAUAUUUAAAAAAAAAAAAAAUUACGCACUAUUAUUAAAACAAUAAAUUCCUCUUAUAGUCUAAAAUAAUAGUUUUGUUAUUUUAUUUUCUAAAAACUUGAACAGAACUAUUAUUGUAAUAAUAAUUUUUAGAUUAUGCAGAUUGUAGCGAAAAAGCUACUCGUAUUAUUAAGACUUAAUGUCUUUUUUUUUUUUUUUUUUAUCGGAAAACACUUUUUGGUAGUAUACAAUUAUUAAAAUGUUUUCCCAUAGUAUCUUAAAAAAUACGUGUGUAUCGGCGGUGAUCUUUUGUUAAAAACUUUUUAUUAGAUUACACGCAGUAUUUCUAAAAAACCAAACAAACAAAAUUGCAACAAAUAACGAUAAAUAGGCGAUACUUUUGUUGAUUUCUGGGUUACUCUUAUACUUUAUAGUAACUGCAAGAGAAUAUUAUCAUGACUGAUAGGACAGAAUCGGUAUUUGAUUGCAACGAUUUAUUGUUGCGAUGAAAAAUAUCAACGUACACCAGUGCCCCUGCCCGUGGUGCGAAGUAUGCCCGUUGUGGGGCUUAAGUAUGUGGCGUUUGUUAACUACGACUAAUAAAAAUAUUAAAUUAUCAUGACACUAUGUAGCGGUCGGUGUACCUACUAAUAAUUUUUACGAUACGAUUCCGGAAUUUACAGAGAAUGGAACUCGUUUCGUGUCAAAAUCGUAAACGUUAGAUCGUAUAAUUUAUUUAUAUAAAUAUAAAAAACCUCGGGGAUCCUUAAGAUGUCAUCAAUGUAAUUUCCCGUCGCGUUUAAAAAAAAACGCUAUCGUCGCAACACUUAGUUUAUUAAAACAACAAUGCGGAAUACUCGACAUCCAGGAAGUAUUAAAUAUAUUAUGUGUAAUAAUAAUAUUACGAUAUUAUUAUAAUUAUACGAAUGAGAAUAACAAGAAAACAUUAAUAAAACUCGGAAAAUUCCGUUUCGUCCCGUUUGCUUUAAAUUUAAAUAAUUGGUAUUAUGUGUAUACAGAGUGAUUCAACAUUUGUGUUAUAUGGUACAAAAGUUGUUUGAAUUAAAAACAUCUGAAAUCAAUUUUACAUCGUUUCGUUUACAAUCUAUUAAAAGAGCGGUUUAGGGGUCAACUUUUUAAAUUUAAACGGGAACUUACACUUGUUUUCUAUUCUUGAAUAGAAUGGUUAACUAUUCUAUUUGGAAAUUCCAUUCGUGAAAGUAACGCGAUUUUAUUUUUUUUAAUAAUGUACUAUACUUGUAAGUUAUAAGCGAACAAGAUAUUAUUGUGGUUAAUGUUCAUCUGACCAAAGUUAUACCAAUUGUUCUGACUACCGACAAGCGGCUCAUCAAACUAUGCGAUACAAAUUACUUAUGUAUAAUUGUAAUAGCGAUGACACAGAGUAAUUAAUAUUACUCUAUGUAGUAAACGACGUAUUAAAUAAUAAUAAACAAUAAAGCUCAAUUCCACUAAAUAAUAACAUUAACGUUAAAUUGUAAGUUACAGCCUAUAGUAAGUAACGCUAAUACCAAAUUGAAAAAUGAACCGUUGAAAUAUUUUUCAUUAUGCGUUGAUCUAACCUAACCUGUAUAAUAUACAGGUACGGCAUACGAAAAUUUAAUGCAAGCGUCAAAGGGUCAAAAAUCAAAAUAAAAAAAAAAAACCUUUGUGCAACACAUUUCUCUCGUUUAUACGACAAAACGGCUGUAACGUAAAUUUUGAAUUACCCUGUAUAGUGUGUAACGGGUUAGUAGUAGUUUUUAUGACUCGAGAAAGAAUUCUGUCACUGUAAUUUGAUCCCGUGAGGCGCAUGAUGACGUUCCAGAAUGUUUGUGUUUGGGUGGCCAAAAAUAAAAUUGUCAAAAAUCUCUAAACAUACAUAAUAUAUUAUCCAGUAAUUCCCAAUGUGAUAAUCAGUAAUUACCGAAUAUGAACCGGCGGUUUAAAACCGAUUUCCGCAUUUGGGUAAAUGUUAAUUAUAUUAGCUGAUAACGUUUAUAAAUAAUACGGUAGACUGUAGAUAAAACUAACGGGUAUUAUCUCGCGGUUUUUUAGUUGCGUGUUUCACGAUUAAAUUGAAAACUUUAAUGGGAAUAACGAUUAUUAACUUUGCAGUUAUUACGAUUGACGGUACGUAUGUGCUGGAAGUCCAGCGGUUAUAGGGGGAAAAACUUCGAAGGGACCACUAUUUAUGUACCGAAAAUUGAGGGACGUUCUCGAGAACUAACCGAAAUUUUAAGAAAUCCGUCAUAAAGACGACGUUUUCAAAAUGGUUUCCUGUCGCACGUUUUUUGAUAAAAAUGUUUUUCUAAGAGGGUUUAAAAAUAAACCGCACUACACCCCCCUCAAAUAUUAUCGGUAAAAAUAGAACGAAACAGAUAUAAAUAAUAAAUAUCAAACAUAUAAUCUUAUUGUUGAACACAUUUUUUACGUAUAGGACCUGAAAGAACGGUGUUCCCAUAAAGUAUAUUGCACAUAUACGUACGGCGUAUACUCUCAAGAUUUUUUUAUUAUUAUUAUUAUUAUUAUGAGUACCUAUAUCUAAAAUCUCAACCGAUUUGUGAUUUUAAGUAUUUUAACUCUCGAGAUUAUUAUUGACACGUCUUUUACCUCUAAACCGUAAGAAAAAUAUUUGUAUUGCAUUAAAUGUUUAUGUUUUGGUAUACUCUGAACAAAAUUAAUGGGACCGCCGCCGCCCAAAGAGCCUAACGGGUUAAAAGUGGCAAAUUUAAAAACUGAGGCCUAACGCGAAAUUCGAAAAGAAUCGCCGGAAAACAAUAAUAUUUUACGAAAAAAAAAAUUUUUGGCCACUGCGGGGCGUUUGUAAAUAUUAUCUAUAUUAAUACCAUGAUAUUAUAAUGCUAUUAUUAUUAUUCUCGACAUCAUGACGUCAAUUUCGACAAAAAUGUUUUUUUCUUGAUAAUAAGUGUACUUACGCGGGUUUUUUUUUAUGUGUAUACAGGCUGAUCCGAUGGACGCGGGAUGCGACAACGGUUUCACUUUCACGGCACCGAACUGGCCCACCGAUCCCCAGGGCAUCAUAUACAGAAUAAAAAGCAACUAUCCGUCACAUCCGGCCAGCUCGUUCUAUUAUCCGCAGUUUAAUCGGCUGCCGACAAUAGCGACUUUUCAAUUCAUAAAAGUACUUCACGCUAUAUAUCUCUGUGUAUACACGUACAUAUAUUAUAGAUACACCUAACCGCAAUAAAUUCGGCCGCCGUCGUUAUACCGGCUGUGCCGCGAGAUCGAAAAGAAUUAUUGUUCGCCCGCCUAUUGUUGCGGCCGUUUUACGCGGCCGGCCCCGCGCGUCACGUAUAUUACACGGUUAAUGUUUUUCUCGCGUUUUCAGAUUAAGGAAUACGAGCAGUCUUUAGGUGGCAGGGGCCAGGCGUCCGACGCGACGGUGAAAAUCGAAGAGAGCGUUAUUAAAGUGUUGAACGGCGACAGCGAUAACGACCGAGAAGUGCAGCUGGAAAUGGAACAGCAAAGACGAGAACAAGAGUACAACAACUACAAAAGGUGCGUACAAUCCAACCGGCGUAUAGAAUGACCGAAUCGACGCGAAAUCAAUGGUUAUCGCGCGCAUAGCCAUGGGCGCGGGUAUAGAAUUUUUUCGCGGGCCGGGCCGAAUGAAAUUCCUCGAACGUGAUCGAAUUUCCACCCGUACACGGCCCUUAACAAAUCGCUGAAAUUCAUCCCGGACCCUCCGUAAAAAUACAAUUAUACGGACGGUGUUACUAUUCAAAUUGUGUUUGCACUUUGCAGCGUCGGUGACGACAGAGGAGUGUCGGUGGCCAAUGUGACAUCGCCGGUAAUGAUACCGAAAGGCGACAAGGAAGCGAUAAUGAACAGCAUUAUGGACAGUUACCAUAUCCGAAAACACAAAAAAGCGCACAAAAAAUCGAGUAAUUAAUUUUUAUUUACAUUCAAUUAGGCAGCCGUAAGAGUAACGCCGAUCGACGCGCCAACCAACGUCCGGGAAACUUUUACCCGGCGCUCAAACGUCGUUAAAGUUUUAACGGUUAUACAAUAUACGAGGGCUAAUCAAAAAGUAUCGAGACUGAUAAUAUUACUCGGAAACCGAGCGUUGAAGAGCAAAACGAUUUGUAAACCUUGCUUCUGUGACUUGUACUGAGCACGUGUAUUCGUAUAAAAUCUCCGUAAACUUCUUCGUUUUGAUUUGACGGUAUUUUUCUAAAAUUUGUUUUUCACGUUUGGCGAUUUCGUAAUGAAUCCAAAAAGAAGCGGAACUCGCUGCCACUCGAGGGCACAUUUUCAGUUUUUCAAUUGACAUUUAAUGGCAAAAACCAUGAAAUGUUGCAUCCCUCUGAAACUGGAAAAAAAUGCAGACAAAUUUUCUAAAAUCUCCAAAUCCGUCAAGUUACUCUUCUUUUGGGCUUAUUACAAAAUCGCCAAACUCGAAAAAUAUAUUUUACAAAAAUAUCGGUGAAAUCAAACCGAAGAAUUUUAUAGAGAAGCAAUAAAAACAAAUGUACUCAGAAAAAGUCACAGAAACAAGUGAUACCGAUCCUACUGCUCUUCGAUGCUCCUUUUCCGAAUGAUACUACCAGUCUUGAUACUUUUUGAUUAGCCCUCGUAUAGAUUACAGUUGCUAUGCAACACAAUCGGUUUAUCCGAUAUCAUCCGAAUGGAAAUAAUAAUUCAACAGUCCCGAAUGUGUUUCGGACGUUGGGUUUGUUGUGGUGUAACUGUACUACUGUGUAAUAUCGGAUAUUACCCAAUUAUACCUUACCACCAAAAUAUCGUAUUAUGUAUACAUUGUACCGAUUAAUGGUGGUUAGCGACGUGUCUCUAAACAUUGUUUAGACGAAAAUUAAGUGAUUAUCUUAUCAUGGCGAUAUUAUCUUGUUCGCGAUAAUCGUACAUCGUAGAUCACAAUAUAAAGAGGUCCACAUCCAGAGGAUACCCUGUACAGGGAGGAAUCGACAAACGUAAUAACUUUUGUUCUAUUCAAUAUUUUUGAUAUAUUUUUUUUUUUUAAAUAAUUAGUAUGCCUCUGAUGCGCUACAGUUUAUAUUUCACCAUUUUUUUUUUUAGUGGGAGGAGACUUAAAAUAAAAUUUUUCAACCAUCAAACAUUUUUAGAAAAAUGGUUGAAAGUUUUGUUAAAGUGUGGUCUUUUAUUUUCUUCGAGAACAAAAGUCAUUGCGUUUAUCGAAUCCUCGUGGGAUACCGUGUAUAUAACGAGCCAAAGGCUUUGCCGUCGCAUUAGUCGAGGAAAUAAUGGAUGUAUAUUAUUGCGGUGAUUUUGUUGUUCUAAAUAAAUAAUAAUGUAUUAUAUUAUUUACUUUAAAAAAUGUUUAGUACAUGUGUUCUCGGGAAUAGAUACGUAAAAUAUUGAUUAUUUUCGAAACGUAUAGCCUUAAUUACGUCACUGAAACACAGGGUAUAAGAUAUUUUAUUCAAACCCCGAAUCAUUGUUAAUAACUUUUCCAAACGAGGAUUGGUAAAUUUUAAAAUAAAUACAAAAAAAAUAAAAAUCAUUGUAAAACCAAUAUUCGGAAUCGAAAAUCAAUGGUGGAAAAAGUCGGACAUUUCAUUUGUUUUUACGAUCAAACAUAUUGCAAUUUUUUUUUUUUUCAAUUUUAUUCUCUUGUAUAUUUUACAUUGAAUAGAUGUGUAUACUACAGAGUGUAUAUAAAUAGAAUAUUACUCUUCACGUCUUAUACCAUUCCAAUUACAUCAGAGUUUUUAUUUAUAACGUUUAUUAAAUAUUAAAUUUAAAUUUGUUCGACGUACAGUGUCAAACGGGAAUUUUCACUCGGGGGUAAUGGUGAUCGUUGGGUGGAUUAUUAUAAUAGGUGUGUAUUUGGAACACAAUAUAGUCGAGUGAUCGGAGCCUGCAGAUGUCAUGAAUUACGAAAGACUCGAGAGCCUGACAUUAUAAUAAGUCGCAAAAGAGACAUUUCGAUUGACAUCGGCGAAGUAAUAAAUGUUUUUUAUACAGUAAUCUGCCGAUUUAUUGAAAACAGCUAGUUUCAUUUUUGUAUAAAUGGAAAUCGGUUUAUUUAAUCUUUAUUGUCUAUUGACAUUUUUCAUUUAAAACAAUUGUGUAGGAUUCAAAAAUCUAAACGCUGUGGGUGGAUGUGUGAUUUUACGGUUUUCCUCAUGUCUGGAAUACGUCCUGUUAACAUGUUUAUUAUUCAGAAUCUUAAUCAAACUCAAUUUUUACCUCUUUCGUGUUAAACGCAUUCAUUUUCUACACGUACAGAAUUGUAUUCCGUGAACCAAGUGUUAGCUGGUAUGGUUUGGCAUGAAAAGUUUCUACGAAAAUAACAACCCCCAUAGAAACUUAACAAACUAUAUGUGUAUUCAGUUCUCGUUUUUUAAUAUUCUCCGACGAAAAUAAAAAAGAAACACUCAAACCCCUUUUUACUUCUUGAACCUGAGAGAAACACCGCUGGCAACAAAAUUGUCGUUAUACAAUAUUCUACAUUAAAUACGUAAUAUUCGGCAUACACCGAAGUUUGUCAAGUUUUUAUUUUGACAAUAUUAUUCGAACAAAAUAAGAAUUCGAAUUAUAUUUGCAAACAAAAUUAUUCGAAUUUAAAAUUAUAAUUAUUCAUAUAAUUCACUGUUUGCAAAGUGUAAGAAUAGUUUUCAAAACCAAUUAUCGGACUACGAAAUUAUAAUAAAAUUAAAAUACAAAUUAAAAAAAUCGUUGUUUAUUUUUGAAAAUAUUUAUAUUUGCAUUUACGCGGCACAUGGCCAUGAUUUCAACGGGGUUAUAAGUGUAGUUUAUAGAUCCUUAGGGUCUAGUAUUACAGUAUAAUAUUAAUUGAACGAAAUUAUUACUGAAAGUUAUUCGAAAGGUGUUUUUUUUUUUUUUUAAUUAAAAUGAUUUCGUUAGAUUUAUUAUAUUCGGUGAUUUUAUUUCGAUAAAAUCGUAUACGAAUAAUACUCUGGUGUACACAGACUGACAGACGCGUAUUAUCGAGACGUUUUGACGCGGAUCCGUAUACCUAUAAUCGUCGGUCGUCGUCGGAUAAGUGCAUGAUUGAAACGGAAUGUUAUUAUUGAUAUUAGUUUUUUUUUUUUCUACAUUCGUUUCCGAAAGGUAAUCGAUUGAUCGAAAUUAUCAAAUAUGUGCUGUGUCCGAUAAAACGAACGAUUCAUUUGUACAGAAAUAUUGACGUAAUAUGAGGUUCAAUUGUACGGUGUACAGCAUUCAAAAACUACCUAAAAUGAAAUAACAAAUAUGUACUAAAAUAUCAGUACUCGAAACACUUAUAUAGACAAAUAAUGGUAAAAACAUUCCGAAUACAUUUCGAGUAUCUAUUCGAAAUACCUCUACUACUCUAUAGUAAACAGUUCUAAGUGACUAGGUACAUUUAAAAAAUGUUGUUUCGGAAGUUUUUUUAGCACAAAAUCAAAAAGUUUUGAAAUAUUUAUUUAAAACUGCAAUAAUUAAAUUGACGAUUAAUGAUUGAUACCACGAAAUUUAUCAAUGGUGGAUCUAUUGCAAUUUACCAAGUCGGUUGACAUUUUAACAAGCCCGUUUCGGAUAGUAUUAUUGUAACGUGUUAAUAAUUGGCUAAUAAAUGAUAGCGGAGCUAUAGAUUUUUAGUGAAGAUAGAGAUUUUCACUAAAAAAGUUUUUAAAUAAAGCUGACUUCUUCUUCCUCUUCGCUUUAUCAUCAUCCCAUCAAUAUUCUAUCAUAUCUCCUCCUCUAAAAAUAACCUCUAGCCACCAGUUUUCUUUGACCUACCUCAUUUCCGGCUGCAUGCGUAGCGCCCCGGGAUCCGUUUUAGCACCUCAGGAUAUUAUAGUGUUCUGUAUAAUUCCGUAAAAUAAAUUAACGAACGUAUUAAUCCAGGGUCAUAUUUGUUCGAACUGUACAUCGCCGGAAUCUAAAAAAUUAAAAACUGUAUUUUGUCCAAAAAGUGUAAAAUUCCACCGGAUCGUAAUUUCCCGGAAUCCACUACCCGUGGAAGAAAUAUUACGAUAUUCCUUUGGAAAUAUCACUUACAAUCCGAAAAUAUACAUUACAGAUCAUUCCGGCGAUAUACAGCCCAGACAAAUAGGGUUUUUAGUUUAUAGAUGCCGAGUGAAUACGAACUGGAGAAUGGUUGCAUCCGAAUUGCGUCCCGACCCUAGCGGUUUUGAUAGAUAAUACACUAUAUGUAUUGAGCCCCGGCUUUCGGUAAAUAAUUUACUAGUUGGAUCCGAACGUUUAAAAACAAUACAAUACACAUUUCCCUUCUCAUUUUCACAGUCUCAUUUUGCUAGUGAUUUUUCUGUCAUUUUAUCCUUUAUAUAUUUUUCUUUUUGUAAAAUCCAGGUCCUUUUCAUUUUAAUGUAAAUAUCUAUUUGGGUACUUAUUAAAACUUCUGGACUGAGUUUUGGGGACCUAAGCCUCCCUAACCCCCUAUUUACGCCUAUGGAUCGUCUACAGUCCAGAUAAAUAUGGUUCUUAGUUUUCAUACGGCCCUGAGAAAUAGGGCAAUUUUAUGCCCUAUUGCAGUUUUAUUAUCUCACACCACCGUGAACUCGUCUGAAUAUGAUUCAGUGGCUGUGAAUCGGCGGCGCCGAAACCAGCAGUCAAGGUUGACGAUUGCCACCCUUCUUUUAAUUGGUGGGUGGUGGUAGAUCCUCGAUGGGUAUAUUUUCUAAUCGGAUCGGUACGUAUGGAAUAUUAAUUAAAAGUGUCGUUUGCGGGAGUUUGUUUUGUACGAACGGGGCGGUGGUCUAUACAACUUUUUACCCGCCCACCUUCUUAGAUCGCGGUUCGGCGCCACUGGCUGUGAUGACUAUUUGUUAUAAUUUGUCGUUGGUUUUCGCAGGAUACCGGGACUGCCGGGUGGGCGACUGGUCCGAGUGGAGCGCGUGCAGCGUGUCGUGCGGCGUCGGCGAGAUGCAGAGACGCAGAGAGGUGGUCAGACACCCGAGAGGCGCGGGACGACAGUGUCCGCCGCUGCUGCAGACCAAAUGGUGCGGGAGCGCAAAAGAUUGUCCGCCACAAGCGCACUUCAAGUGGUAAUCCGAUCCGAUCCGUCGUCGACUCGGCCCGCGACGUUCCGACCAUACCCUCGGAAGAAAAUCUCCGCGAAUUAUCACGUCGCGAACGAAACAAUAACAAUUUAUUAUAAUAUACAUAUACCUAAUUAUUUAAGUACGAACCCCGAAACCUG